CCACGUUACAGUUAGGCGGUGGCGAUUGAACGCAGAGGACAGGAAAACCCUAGCUGAUCGGAUUGACGCCAUGGGAACGCCGGAAACUUCAAGGGAACCUUGCCCCGACCGCAUCCUCGACGACAUCGGCGGCGCUUUUGGCAUGGGAGCCGUCGGAGGGUCAGCUUUUCACUUCAUCAAAGGUCUAUACAAUUCUCCCAAGGGAUCCAGGAUUAUCGGCGGUUCUCAAGCCGUCCGAAUGAAUGCGCCACGCGUCGGCGGAAGCUUCGCUGUUUGGGGUGGUUUAUUCUCUGCUUUCGAUUGUACAAUGGUCUAUGUCCGCCAGAAGGAGGAUCCAUGGAACUCGAUCAUCGCUGGCGCCGCUACCGGCGGUUUUCUUCAGAUGCGACAGGGACCUGCAUCAGCAGCUCGUUCUGCUGUUUUUGGCGGCGUUUUGUUAGCUUUGAUUGAAGGAGCUGGGAUUAUGCUCAAUAAAGUCCUCAGCCAGCAACAGAAUAUGCCUGUUGCCACUGAGGAGCCUGCUGGUAUGGCUAGUGUACCUGGAUAUCCUACAGGCCAAUUACCUGGCCGUGCUCCUCCCCUGUCUCUACCGCAAGCGGAGAUGACAAGUAUUUCUUCUUCUUCUUCUUCGUCUUCUUCAGAUUCUGGUAAUGAUUCGUGGUUUGGAGGUUGGUUUGGUGGAGGCAAGAAGAAGGAAUCUGCAGUGUCGAGUGGAGGAAGCGAGACAACAAUUUUGGAAAGCUUUGAUGCACCGCCUGUGCCAAAUUUUGAGUACAAAUAAAACAGGCUUGAAUUAAGCUGAGAUUCUGAGAUAAGAAGACAAUGAAUUCAAUCGUAGAACGUAUGGCAUGUGUUAUAGAUUACUUCAAAUUAUUGAUUAUUGUGUGCAAUCUGCUGACAUUGUUACGAAUUUAUCUAAUAAUCUUUCACACUACGCUGAAUUGUACAAUUAGCUCAGGUUAUAGUUGAAAGGAUUGCAUAUGUUGCUAUUACAAUAUCCAUUCAGUACUGAAGUUGUUUACUUGAA